AUGGUCAAGAUCAAACGCUUCUCCGCACUCAUUAGCAUCGCGAUCCUCAGCUCGAUCUCAGCGUCGAACGCGCAGGCGCAGAUCAAGUUCAACUACCUCCAAUGGUUCGAGACUGAAUGGGACGAUAUCGAGCGUCGCACGCCGGAUAUCUUCAUCGCAGGUUACGACGCACUUUGGCUCCCACCCCCUUCCAAAGCAUCGUUCGGCAGCGUGGGAUAUGACCCCUUUGAUCGAUUUGAUCUCGGGAAACCCCCACUCCUUACAUUCUCCAGUACACGAGAGCGGACGACCUAUGGCACGGAAGCGACCUUCCAAGCGAUGAUCAAGGAGCUCCAGCGUGCUGGAGCUCAGGUCUACAUCGAUGGCAUCUUCAAUCACAACGGUGGACGAACCGAAUCCGAUGCCUUCCUCGCACAAGGCGGAUACCCAGGUUUCUGGAUCCCUCGUGAAGAUCCACCUCGUGACAAGCAGCCAACGGAUGAUUGGGGUGAUUUCCACAACGGAAAUGCAUUCGGAUAUUUGCAAUCUGAGAAUCCAGGAGCGUCGAACUACAACCUCCUCGAUGGUGAUCUCGUCGCACUUGUUGAUCUCGCUCAGGAAAGCAAUAACCAAUUCAUCCGUCACCCCGUCAUGGCGGGCGAUCCAGACAACAUCCCAGGCGGGACAAUCUGGAAUGUGCCCGAUCCGAAUAACGCUCGCUUCUAUACAGACCAGGCGCUGACUCCCGACUUCAUCAGCAAUCCCGGUACGAGCCGAAAUCCAGGCACACUGAACUUCACUCGCUACCCAUACAACACCGCUGAUCCGCUUGCUGGGGACGCGGUCGUUGACAACGGCACAGGACUCCUGAUGCGAUGGGCACAGUGGAUGAUCGAAGUGCAGGGGGUUGACGGCUUCCGUCUCGAUGCGCACAAACACGCCCCAAGUUGGUUCUGGGAUGGGUUCUUCGAUGCCGCGAUUCAUAAUCUCCGCGUGCGUCCAGAUGGUGUGCGUGUGAAUCCAUUUACCUUCGGCGAGAAUGUGACCGGAAACUUUGAGAUCCUCAACAACCAGACUCGAAAGGAUGCCUUCGCGGAUCGUGAUGCGCUUGAUCUCCAAGGUGCAGCUCGCUUGCGUGACUUGCUCAAUGCGAACGGGCUCGGGAGCUGGUCAAAUAUCACUUCAAAUGUGGAUUCUGGUCACCUUGAUGUCGCUGAUGAUGGGAUUGUGAACGGCACCAAAGGGCUGAACCAUGUGUUCUCCCACGACAAUGGUUCAGUCGGUAACGGCGGCUCCAUGCCCCCUCUCCCCACUGCUCAGCAGCAGGGAUACCAGAUGCACGCAUAUAUGCUGAUGCGUCCGGGUCGAGCGAUUGUCUAUCACAAUGGUCGUGCGAUCUUCACUCGUGCUAAUGGGUUCUUCCCUCGCGAAGGUGUGCCAAUUGCGAUGGGGUGGGAUCCAGCGACACAGCAGAUGGAUGACACGAUCACCACGCUCGUCCAGCUUCGAAAUCAGGUCGCUCGUGGUCAGUAUUUCGCUCUCAAUGGGAACAUCAGCGAUGUGCUCGUGUUUGAGCGUGCUGCGAAUGGAUUUGCCAAUGUCCUGACUGCGGUCAAUGAUCGUUUCGAUGCUGGUUUCCAGACGAUCACAGUGAAUACCUCAUAUGCUCAAGGCACUCGACUCCACGAGAUGACCGGCAAUGCCGCGGAUCCAGUCGUGGAUCCGAACAAUGACAUCCCUGAGUUGAUCAUCGUUGGCGCGGGUGGUUCAGUGACGCUGAAUGUACCAAACAAUGUCUCAUCCGCAGGAACCCACGGCAAGGGAUAUGUGAUUUACUCAGAGUCGCUCCCCGAAGCCGAGGUCACCUUCAUUGGUCAAGACGGCGUGAUCGAACCCGAUCCGUCCACUUUCCCUGACUGGAUCCAGAGACUCAGCGAGAUCGCGGUGAUCCAAGACGAUUCCUUCGAGAUCCGUCUCCAGACAACUGCAAGCGAUCCGCUUGAUCCGAACACAGACGACAACGCGAUGUUCGCAUUCGAUCAACGCGUAGACGAUUGGAACGGGAAUGGAGCGCCGGACAUAAAUCCCUCCGCUCUGUUCCUUGGUGGCUAUGAGAACUUUCUCACUGUUAAUAGCCCCCUUUACAACUCUGGGAACAGCUUCGGUUUGUAUCGACAAAUGAUCGAUGCGACCCAGAUGGAUGAAGGAAUGCAUUAUCUAAGCGUGAUCGCUUUCCGCCAUCGUGACCCGAGUACCUCAACGAUGUACCGUGAGGUCCGAAAGGUUCUGUACAUUGAUCGCCUACCACCAGAAGUCGAACUUGAACAAGCGGGGAUGACUCUUGAGGAUGAUCAACCGCAGUUUAUUGUCCAUGCUCUUGAUCGCACAACGAGCGAGCUCCACAUGCUUCUCGAUGUUCCGAUGGGUACCGAUCCACUCUCCUUGAUCAAUACGCAAACUCGAGUGAAUCCAUACGAUCGAUUUGAGUAUCGUUACACCUUCGAUCAGACACUCACUCCAGGUGAUCACGAGAUCACGCUGGUUGCAAUUGAAGAAUCAGGUACGACGAAUGUAGUGAUUGAGACUGUCACGAUUGCCGGGGAUUGCCCAGCGGAUCUGACCGGCGAGGGUGAUUUAAACUUCCUCGAUGUCUCCGCAUUCUUGACCGCAUUCGGCAACAUGGAUCCAGUCGCGGACUUCACCGGCGAAGGGCAGUUCAACUUCCUCGAUGUCUCUGAGUUCCUGAUCCAGUUCAGUCAGGGAUGCCCGUAA